AUGUGGUCGAAUUCCGGUGAGUUAUUUUUAAGAGAAUGCGAUGGGGCACGUUCUCACAAAACUGGGCGCCAAAUUCAAAUCCUCGUUUUUUUAAAAACUCGUUGCUGCAAUUUGCCGUUGAAAUAAAUAUUUUUAUAUAUAUAUAUAUAUAAAUCGAUAUAUCUUUUUCUUGCUUUUUUUCAUGAAAAGUUGAGCCUCUGUGUGGUAUUGUUCAAAAUAAUUUAAGCUUAACUUUAAACUUCGCGAAAUUAAUUAGCAAUCCAAGCACCUUUUAACUUAUUUGUUCAUUUAUAAUAUUUUUUUAAAGCAAUGUUUGCUGGCGCAGACCGUCGUCGGACGGCGAACGCAGUCAACCCGAGGCUUCACGGAGGAGCGAAAACUCCGACAAAGCCCAGAUUCUCCGAGUGCUAUCCAUCUAGCACUCAAAGGUUUUUUUUAUUUUAUGUACUUCUUCAUAGUUUUAUUGAGUCAAAUUUUAGGAGCGGAAAUCCACGCUCUAGUACUGUUGUUUCUGCCAGUCGACGCACUUCUUUUUUUCGGACGACGACGGCCGCUACUAGAGUUCAUAAUAUUGAAUGAGUUCCGAAAUUACAUCGCAUUUACAGGAUAUAAAAGCGCUGCAGAAUGAAAACAUCAAAAAGAUUCACGAAUUUCUUGUCGAUAAUGAGGGCGAUGUAAGUUAGAAGUUGAAUAUUUUCCUAGUUCUAAUUUUUAGGAAGCCGUUCCUGAAGCAAAAAUCAGAAGUCCUCAUCGUCAAGAUUUCAUCAACAUGUUCGAGAUGAUCUACCAACACGUUAGCCCUAACUUUGAAAUUCCUGCUGGCACCCGCCUUGAAGACUUGGUUAGUUUCUGAUAGUCAGGAAGGGGACUAUUUGAACGCUAAUCGGCGCUAAACAAAGAGCUAAACUUGAGAUCCCGCCGAUGAUGCGCGAGAUGGGAUAUCCGGGGACAAUAAAGGCGAGCGCAUUCAAUCCGAUGGGCGUCCCUCACAGUUGGUACGUCCUUCUCGACGUCUUGUCCUGGCUCAUCGAUUAUGUCUUGGUACGUUUUCUUGGCUAUCUAUCAGAAUUUCACUCGAAACAUCAAAUAAGGUAUUUCGUUUCAAAAUUAGAUGUUUUUUUUAACGAUUCCGAAAAAAAGUUUGGACUUCAGUAAUUUCCAAAUUUUUUUCGAUUCCUUUUUUCAUUGAAAUAAAAUUUAAUUGUUCUAAAUACAUUGAGAAGGUAGAGCUUUAUUUCAUGAACAUCUUCAAGCGUUCAAUUAUGUUUAUAUAGAACCAUACUUUGAAAGUACUGCGUUAAGUAAAGUCAAUAAUGUUUUUUUUUGCCUUUAAAAAUUUUUUAUUCUGAGUUGGAUGUCUAUUUAACGCCUAUUGAACGGCUCAAGAGGUUCCACCAGUUUUUGAAAUUAUUUGCAAUUAAACUUUGCUCUGAAGUGAAGUCUCAUGUCAUUCCCCUGAAUUGCAGCUGGCGAAAGACUUGACGAACAAUGGCCAGAAGCUCUUCACGAGCGACGAUUUCGAACGCGAGGCGACGGUCAAGGCUUUACGUUUGAGUUGGCUCGUUUCCACUUACCGGGACUACACCAAAAAUAGAUCUCAGAUCAACGAUCCGAAGUAUAUUGAACGUUUGUUUGUGGUUGGUAAAUGAGGAGACGUCUGGAAUUUUUUAGAGAAACGGAUCAAUCUGAGAAAUUUCUUCGCGCAACAGGACGACCUCGAGGGCAAACUGGAAAUGCUGGAAAAAGCAAAAGAACAGUUGGAUUACGACAUCGAAGAGAUCAGAGCGGAUGCGAGUUUUUUUUUUCGGAGUUAAAAACAUACUCUUCUCAUUUAAAAAGUUCAUGUGGGAUUUUACAAACUUCGAAAAACUGGUUUCUAAGUUUUAUGCGCUUAUCCCUUCGAUUUCAUUCUACUGGAAUAGAAAAAUUCAGAAAAAUACGGCAAAUGAAAAGUUGUUAAAACCGAAAAUAAGACAGAAGAGCUGCUAAACAUUCUUGAUUUUCGACUUCGAAACUCUUACUUUCUCCUUUUUCUUUGAAAGUUUAUCAGCAAGAACCGAUGUAAACCAAAUUCCUUAAUGAAAUUCAAAUGUUUCGAUAAAUACUAGAUGUACUGUAGCUGUGAGAAUGCAUUUUUUGAAGCUCAUUAUUUUCGUGUAAAAUAUCUUUCAAUAAUAACUUUGUUUGUGCUGUGAAUAUGAAUUCUAAUCUUACAACUUUUCACUUUAAGAAAAGGUUUCCCAAAACUUUGAAAACGGUGGAUUUUUCAAAAAAAAAAAGCAGAUUUUAAUUAUUAUGUGGAACACUGUAAAACUCUGCUGUUCUUUUGGUGGUAUGAAAAAAACACCAGCGAAAAUUCAAACGGCGACUUUUCCGAUUUUUUCAUAUCGCUAGGGAACUUUCCGACGGCCACCUUUCCGACGGAUUCCUUUCCGACUUUUUUCCCUUAUGUAUUUCGGUUUAUAAAACAUCUAUUAACAUUUAUUUUCCUAUUUCUUUGUGUUUUAAUCAUGAACCAACUACCUACUUUAUAUAGGAAGAUUUAAAACGAAGAUUUUUAUCGAGAAAAAAAGUCGGAAAAAGUUUCGCCGGAAAAAGUGGCCGUCGGAAAGUUCUCUAGCGAUAUGAAAAAAUCGGAAAAGUCGCCGUUUGAAUUUUCGCUGGUGUUUUUUUCAUACCACCGUUCUUUUGAGACCCGCCAGUGGAUUUAAUCAAAAAAUGCUCGGGUUCUAACGAAACUUGUAUCUAUCUAAAACUCUUUUAUUAGUUAGUUAGUAUCAGUUAAGAACUAUUACACAUCGCGAUAACUUUGUCUGUCUGAUCUUCGCUGCUGCGAGGAGACUUUUCUCUUUAUCGGAGUCAUUCAAUUAACUUCGCAAUCAACGAGAUUUUUCAGAACGGAGCUGAAGCGAAGCACCAAGAAGAUUUACGGCGGACUGAGGAUGACAUCUGCAAGGCUGAGAGAUGUAGGGACGACUGGAAGGUUGACUGCGAGCAGACGCGAUCUCGCUGGGUUUGGAGAGGAGCUCGUGUCUCUGAAAGGGGGACUUUUGCAGGAAAAGGUGAAAAGAGAGCUGGACGAGGUUCUGUCGGAGACGCAGGAGCUACAUGCCAUCAACGAACAGAAGAGAGCCCAGGUGGCUCUCCAGGCCCAAGGCGAGCACGGCAUCACCGGAGAACGUGCUCGGCAGAUGACCACCGAGAGGAACCAGGUCGAGCUUCAGUUUUGCCAUCUUUUUUUGUGAACAUCGUUCGUUUGAGAAGUUACAUCCUAAAAACAGGUCCAUUGUACCCGUUGUUUCUCCGUCAUACUUUUUUCUUUGCUCAUCUCGCUUUUUCACUCUUCAGUAACACUAGGUGUAGUUGUACCAAUAUUUUUAAGUUGAUGCAAGAGUGAACAUUUUUUAAGAUUGGUCACGCUUUAGUUCCUCAAUUUGUAAGACCCGAAACGGCCGCGCGUUAUGAUAGUAUAUACAUUCUCACCAAUUUCAUUGAAUUUCUCAAUCACCGAGUUGUCCAUUUCUGAAACGUCUAUUGUCAAAGUUUGAUAUUCAGAACAGAUGAAAAAGUAUAGAAAGUUUUUUGAGAAAUCGUAGAGUAGCUUUGCAGAUAUUCUUUGAAAUAGCGUGUUGAGUAUUUAUAGAUUCUUUUUAUUUUUCAGCUUUCUCACGCAAAAUUUCCUCAGCAUUCUGUAUACCUCUUCUGAAAAAGUUUCAAACUGUUUGGUCUAGUUCUAUUAAUGGAAGAGCUCCAGCGAAUCAUCUGAACACGUGUAUUCAGGAUCUGCAAACACUGUUGGACAUUGAGAAGCAGAUUUCGCAGAUCAGCAAGGAAACUUGGCUGAUAACUCCCAAAGUACGAGCCGCGUUCAAAGAGGUUUUCGCAGAGGAGAGCGACCAAGACCAUAUUCCUUCUUGCAGCAACAGCAACGAUGUGAAUCUGUCGUGAACAAACUUCUCGACCUCGCGCGAGGAUUGAACAUAACGGCGACGAUGCCGCGUGUUCCAGAAUCGGAGACGUGAGAAAUAUCUUCGUCUCGGCUUAUAAGAAUCGCUUUGAGAGAGAUGAGGAGAGAAGGAGAACGCGCAGAAGUUUUCCUCAAGGAAAUUCGAGCGGCCAUCGCACGUGAGGUCCACGACGAAAAAACGCAGAAGGUCCGCUCAGAACAGGACAACGAAAACAUCAAGUGAGUUCCAAGGUCUGCCCGACAGAAAGAAUCAUUCUGACCAUGAUCAUUAUUUUCAAGUCAUUUAUUUUUCCGAAGUUAUUUCGUUUUUUGUUCAACGCAUUUAGCAUUUAGCAUCAUGCUGAAAUAUUUCGAAGAUUCUGAUUCAAGGGGCCUAAUCGAGAUGGAAAACGAGAAGAUCGAAGAGGCGAAGAAGAAUCUGCACCGCGAAGAGAGACAACGUCGACGCGAGAAGGAGAAGUGGAAGGACCAACGUCUUCAACUCGAACAAAAUAUCGGUCAGUCCGUCUUUCUUCCACCUUUUCUUCUUUUCAUCUCUGCAUUAUUUCUCCCUAUUCUGAUAUAUUAAACUGGUUCCAGACGCUCUGGAAAACGAAAAAGAAGUCAAAGCAGAGAAAAUAAUUGAAUCGAGCCAAUAUCAACAGGUAGUCGUUUUCGAAUGAAUACAAAAUUCAGUUUUCGGUAUUCAGGCAUUGAUCCAGGAGAAUGCUGAACUCCAGAAAAUAACUGCUUUGUUGGAGGAGAAAAAGAACGAGGCGGUUGUGAAGAUUUCCGAGAAAUUGACGCCGAUGUCAGAGCAUUUGGAGCAGAUGGAGGUUUUCGACUAGGGAAAUACCAAUAAUCGGGGAUUUUCAGUGCGACAAGAUUUGGAUGAAGAAGGCGCUACUGGACCUAUCGGAAAGAUGUUGA